CUUUUAAGUACAGUACUUACAAGCUGUUCUGAAUCCUGUGAUGACAAUUCGUACUCGUGUAAUGCGUUUGAUGCAAUUUAGAAGGUAAUUCCUUAGAACGCUUUCUGCAUCCUCAGAUUGUAAAAAAUGAUCGAUGUUUCACAUUGCCAGCUAUUAUUUUUUCUACUAUUAAGCUCAUCAAGAUGCUGCUACUCGUUAUACUUUUUGCUACCUGAAGGGGAAAACAAAUGUUUUGUAGAGGAGCUUCCAGAUGAAACAACUGUGGUCGGAGAAUACAAAAUUGACCAUAUUGACAGUAAAUCCAACAAUCCAGCCCAACUGCACGGAAAUUCAAAACAGGGCGUAGGUUUAGCUGUCAACGUGAAGGACCCAGAUGGCAGUACCAUGAUGGCUAGGUCCUACGGAACAGAAGGCAAAUUCAGUUUCACGUCUAAUAAACCUGGCGACCAUACUGUCUGUUUGUGGACAAACAAUACUGGGCGUUGGUUCAGUGGGAAUGUUGUUCUCCGAGUGCAUUUCAAUCUGUCCGUGGGAGAGCAGGCGAAUGAUUAUGAAGCAAUCGCUAAAUCUGAAAAACUGAACGAGCUUCAAAUUCGCAUCCGGCAGUUGAUGGACCAAGUCAGCCAAAUUAUGAAGGAGCAGCAGUACCAAAGGGUCCGAGAAGAGCGCUUUCGAUCAAUAAGCGAAGAAAUCAAUUCCCGUGUAAUAUUGUGGGCUAUUUUCCAAAGCGGGAUUUUGUUGGCCAUCGGAUUCUGGCAAAUGAGCCAUUUAAAGGGAUUCUUCGAAGCCAAAAAGGUCGUUUAGAAAAGCGGGGUACUUGAAUUUCCAAUAGGGCCAAUGUUGUCGUGUGUCCUGUGGCACUGUUUUUGUUUCACUGGUACGAGCAGUUGUUGUUGCUCGCUUUGUUUGCUUGUAUUUACAAGGAGUAAGGACAAAAGUUUUAGACUUAGGUGAGCGCGUCUGUAUGUGUGCGUAAACAGCAUGUAGUACUGUACGCUACAAUUGUACAUCGACAAUUGUUGUUUGUCACUUGGAUGUAGCUUGUGUACAGAUAGUAGGUGGUGCGUGCCUACGUGCGUUUGUCUAUCGGUUUGUCUAGGCACGUGACCUUUAGUAGUUACUGUGAAACCAAUAAUAAAAAUACUUAA